GCCAUAAACCAAACAUUUUAGCAUCCAGUUAGAAUACCUCAGAAGACAAACGAGAUGAGAGAGAUCAUUUCCAUUCACGUUGGUCAGGCAGGAACUCAAAUUGGUAAUGCUUGCUGGGAGCUUUACUGUUUGGAACAUGGAAUCCAACCAGACGGUUAUAUGACCCCAGAAGCUGACCCGAACAGCCAAGACAAUGGGUUCUCUACCUUUUUUACAGAAACAGGUCAAGGAAAAUAUAUUCCUAGAAGUAUUUAUGUUGAUUUGGAGCCCAACGUGAUUGAUGAAGUACGCACUGGACCCUACCGGGACCUUUUCCAUCCUGAGCAACUAAUUACUGGUAAGGAAGACGCUUCAAAUAACUAUGCCCGUGGUCAUUACACUGUCGGAAAGGAACUCGUAGAUGAAGUGACAGACAAAGUCCGUCGUAUCGCAGACAACUGCUCUGGUCUCCAGGGUUUUCUCGUUUUUCACUCUUUCGGUGGUGGUACUGGUUCUGGUUUUGGAGCUCUUUUGCUCGAGCGCUUGGCCAUGGAAUAUACUAAAAAAUCCAAGCUUCAGUUUUCAGUAUACCCAGCUCCUCAAGUAAGUACAUCCGUUGUUGAGCCUUACAAUUCUGUCUUGACAACUCAUGCUACUCUUGAUUUGGCAGAUUGUACCUUCAUGGUUGACAACGAGUCUUGCUAUGAUAUUUGUCGUAGAAACCUUGACAUUGAGCGCCCUUCAUAUGAGAAUUUGAAUCGUUUGAUUGCUCAAGUCGUAUCUUCUAUUACAGCCUCUCUUCGUUUCGAAGGCAGCUUGAACGUCGAUUUAGCUGAAUUCCAAACCAAUUUGGUCCCUUAUCCCCGAAUUCAUUUCCCAUUAGUCACCUAUGCCCCUAUUGUGAGUGCCGCCAAGGCCUAUCACGAAUCUCACUCAGUUCAAGAUAUUACCAAUCAAUGCUUUGAACCUUACAACCAAAUGGUCAAGUGUGAUCCCCGCGCCGGUCGUUACAUGGCUACUUGCUUGCUUUACCGCGGUGAUGUAAUUCCUCGUGAUGUUCAAUCUGCUGUUACCAGCAUUAAAGCUAAGCGUACCAUCCAGUUUGUCGAUUGGUGUCCUACUGGUUUCAAAAUUGGUAUUUGCGACCGUCCUCCUCAGCAUAUUGAAGGAAGUGACAUUGCAAAGGUAGACAGAGCUGUUUGCAUGCUUUCCAACACUACUUCUAUAGCCGAGGCCUGGUCUCGCUUAGACCACAAGUUCGACCUUAUGUAUAGCAAGCGUGCAUUCGUUCACUGGUAUGUUGGUGAAGGUAUGGAAGAAGGUGAAUUUUCUGAAGCACGUGAAGAUCUUGCUGCUUUGGAACGUGAUUAUGAAGAAGUUGGCCAAGAUUCAAUGGAGGCUGACUACAUGGAAGAGGAAUACUAAUCGUAACGAUGAACCUCUGUAAUAUUUAUCCUCUAAAAUCGUCUUUCCUUUUACUAAGUAAAAAAAAGCAAAAAAAGAAAAGUUGUAUCUAAACGCUGUCUAUGUCCGUUCAUUUUUUUCCCAUACAUAUUUACAUUUAUUUUUUUCUAUUCACUGUUGGUAUUCCCUAAAAGUUUUGCUACAUGGUUUGACUCGCACAUGCAUUCUUAUGAAAGGAUUUUGUGGUCUUUUGACGUUCGAGAAUUUCCAUUCUUCCUACGUAUACUCAUUGCUCGUUUGUUAGAUGCAACGAAUGCUCUGUACAGAAACAAUAACCCAUGUUUCUCAUUUUUUUUAUUAGUUGGUUCGGGUUCCUAUAUAUUGCAAUCCAUCAACUCCUCGUCUUUUGUUAUAUGGCUCUUUACAGACACUAGUAUAGUAUUCAUUCUUUGUGAUCUUUUCAUUAGUCUAACAAAUGGUAUUCAAAGCAUUGCCUAUAUUGUUUUUGCUUUUUGCUGUGGUGACAUCAUGAAACUUUUUUAACACUUAGAAUUGAAACCCAUACUAUCCUCCAAAAUGAAAAGUGUUCUAAAAUUCCAUCCUUCUUCCAUUCAUUCCUUUAAAGAAGCACUCAUCACAUACUAGCACGUACAGCCAGUUGACAUUAACUUUUAUUCGUUGUUUACUUUAAGUAACAUUGUUACUUUCAAGGAAUUUUCGCCUGUAG